AAUUGAUUUGUUUGUUUUGUACACAGAGUCACACAGUAUGCAUCGAGGUUUCUGUUGUGGUACUAUACGACGUAUGGAGGCCCAAAGAAUACUGUACAGAGAGUCCAAAACUUGGAAAGUGCUGUUACUACAUCCAGAAAGUUGUUUCGAAUGUUCCGCUCUGCUGAGUUUGCCCAGAAAGCGUUGGACAUGUUGGCCCUGACCGACGACAUUCAACGAACGCUGACUGUGAUUGGUUACUCUGGCAAAGCUCUCUGGUUGCUGGUGGAUCAUAUCAUAUGGUUUGGCAGGACCAAGAUAUAUGAUGUUGACACCAAGAAGUGGGGUCAGAGGUCAGCGUGGUGUUGGCUGAUAGCUUUGUUGUCACUGACCCUGAAUGACCUCCGCAAGAUCCAGUUGUUGACCCGUCGAGCCGAGGAUAUGAAGCUAGCGGGAACAAUCAACUCCGCCCAGGGAGCUGAGCUGAGGCGCGAACUGCGCAAGGCCUACCUACAACUGGUUAUCAACCUCAGCGAUGUUUGGAUACCGCUGUCGGUGCUCCAGUAUGUCAGUAAAGGGGUCGGUGCCAUGGGUGGGGUUAUAGCCUCGCUCACCGCGAUACAUGUCGUGUGGAACAAAAAUGUCCACGGAAAAUGAUGACAGAAAGACGUAAAGGUGAUAUACAACAUUUGCUUUUGCUGUAAUUUUCAGAAAUGGAUGGAUUUGGGGGUUCGUAUUUUAUAGCAAAUACUGUUACACUGACCCGCUUAAAGUUUUGUGUUCAUAGCUGCUGAAAAAAACAACAAGAAAUAAAAUGCUGUUCUUGUAAUCUGGUUCCCUGACCCUACUUCAGAUGUGGAGCAAUUUAUUUUACUACGGAGUAAUUUAUGGACAGCGGGGAAUUGUCAGGUCAGGGAACCAGACUAGCUGGCUUGCACCCAUUCACGGAUGUGUAACCGAUUGCGAAGAACAUUUUGACUAACUAAAUUUGGUAGAUUUGG